CCAGCGCCACCACAGCUCUCUCCUAAGGACCAAAAGGAAUGGAACUCCUUGCAAAAGAAGGCAGAGGACAGCUCACAGCAAGUCUACUUCCAUCCAGACGUACGGCGUAAACCUAAGCCUGAGUUUGAGGGCGAGCGAAAUCCAACAACGGGUGAGACUGGUGGUCCCAAGAAUGAUCCAUUGAGGCAUGGCGACUACUCGUACGGCGGUCGCGUCACAGACUUUUAA